AUGGUUCUGGUCAGGAUUCUAGUCCUCCAGCUGCUCUUGGUACCAGUUCUGGCCUUCCUUUCCUUCACAUCCAAAGAGGUCGAAAAUUUCCGUGCUCUACACAUUGACUUUCCUAAGGUACAAUUUUCCAAAGGCUUCCAGGGCUACUGCAAUGGCCUGAUGUCUUAUGUUCGAGGACGGCAAAGUUUCUUGAAGCAGUGCCCCAAUAUCCAUCAUGUUCUGCAUGCUCCCUGGAGAAAAGUGACGAUCAAUUGUAAGAAAACUGACAGUUUUUGUGAGGACUUCAAUGAAUAUUGCUCCCUCAGCCAUGAUCCCUUUUCUAUUACCACCUGUACCCGAAUAAAAGAAACUCCACCCACUACCUGCCUAUACAACGAAACCUCUUCCACUCGAAGAGUCUACCUACUUUGCUCCAGAAAAAACAAUGCUAAACCCACAUAUAUCAUUGGCCUCUUCUAG